AGGUGUUCGCGUGAGUUUUUACGAGUGACGGAGAAAUCAUCUGGAGAUGAUUCCACCAACGGGCGAUGGAUUCUGGGCGACGGUCGAACUCCUGGUGCACGCCAUACCGGACGCCAGGGGAGAUCGUUUUAGUGAUGAUAUUGAGGACUGGCUGGAGACUGUCGCCAGUAAAGUCGAGGUCAUCAGGGAGAGGAAGAGGAGGGUCAACCCUCAGGAUGAUCAGGAUCUCUAUCCAGGGUAUCGUCCCAUCAUCGACUGCAGCUUCAGCAAUCCCCCGGUAAGAUCCAAGCUGGAGAUGCUGAUGGGCAGCAAUGUCGUCAGACUGACGGACCGCAGGUACAUGCUGAAACUCAUGGCGAGGAUACGACAGGAUUACGAGAACCGGCAGCAAAGUAGGAUCGAGGAGAGAAAGAAAAAUGAACUGAUGAGGACGAAGAUGAUGAUCCUGAACCGCUUGAUCCCGGUGCAAGAGGCACCUGUGGAAAUCCGGAGGUAUCCACUCUUCCAGCUCUACUUGUACUGCGACGCAAUCAUCGAGGAGAAGAGGAAAAAGAGAUCACCGAAGCAGAUAAAAAUAGCGCAGUCCUUGUACCGUAAUCUCUAUCCGCACACCGAGACAGAGGAGAAACUAGGGACUGAGGAAACAGAGGUUUACAUGAAACGCGUUCACGUGAAUGGAUCCCCAGAAUUGGUACCUCUGACUGCUGAGGAACUGGCUGAAGUGAAACGAGAGGAGGAAGCAGAAUCAGACAUUGUCAACGGGUACAUGCUCACCCAGGAGGAGUACGACAGGCUCCAUUACGAAACCGCUGCAAUAAAGGAUCUCCGAGAGGCACAGAACGUGGAGGAUAUGUAUGCUAGAGCUCACGAAAUCCUGGGGAUUCUUUACUCCUACGUGGAUGAUGGAAAGUAUAAGAAGCCAUUGAAGGAGGAGUCAUCUGCGUCAUCGCCAGAGGGUCAAGAACAUGUCGAUGAACCUGAGACAGCGCAGUCAACAACGCAGGAUUAACGUCCCCUUUUCGGCGUAAAAAUCAUGACUUGCUCGUUCACUCGGGAAAAUUCAUCGCGUCAUAUUUACGGGAGGGGAUUGCAGAGACUCUGAGGUGAUUUGAGUUUGCUAUUCAUGGAGGGUGAAGGACCGGGCUGUUGGGGGAUAUCAAGAUGUCCAUGCAAAUGUAUUGCUGGAGAUGGUAACAUUGUCAAGCUGUCUGAUGAAUGGUGAUAAGAAGUGGAGGAGAUUUAAUUUUUAUCGCACGUCAUGCCUUCAAGAUGUGGGUAGAGAUAAAUGGAAAUAAAUCAUUUUUUUCAACUGAU